AUGACAAGCACAUUGGCGGUCUCAGGGGCUACUUUACAAGCGGAGCAUCCGUCUGUGAUGCUCGAUGUGCCCAUGCGCUUGACCGGAAGCCAGCUCUCCAUAACUCAGGUGGCCAGCAUCAAGCAACUGCGGGAGACCCAGAGCACCCCCCAGAGUGCACCCCAAGUGCGAAGGCCCCUGCACCCAGCCUUGAACCAGCCAGGCAGCCUCCAGCCCCUGUCCUUCCAGAACCCUGUCUAUCACCUCAGUAACCCCAUUCCCGCAAUGCCAAAGGCCUCUGUGGACUCCAGUUUGGAGAACUUAAGCAUUGCCAGUUCCAGGAGCCAAAGUAACAGUGAAGACUUCAAACUCAGCGGACCCAGCAACAGCAGCAUGGAAGACUUCACCAAACGGAGCACGCAGAGUGAGGACUUCUCCAGACGCCACACCAUGCCCAACAGACACAUACCUCUCGCCCUGCCGCGGCAGAACAGCACGGGGCAGACCCAGCUCCGGAAGAUGGACCCAGCGGGGCUGGGCGCCCGAGCCAAAGCCCCGCCGUCCCUGCCGCACAGCGCCUCCCUGCGGAGCACCGGGAGCAUGUCGGUGGCAUCGGCGGCUCUGGUGGCCGAGCCCCUGCAGAACGGGAGCCGGUUCCGACAGCAGUCCUCUUCCUCCAGAGAGAGCCCGGUCCCCAAAGUGAGAGCCAUCCAGAGGCAGCAGACCCAGCAGGUUCAGUCACCUGUGGACUCCGCCACAAUGUCCCCAGUCGAGAGGACAGCAGCCUGGGUUCUGAACAAUGGGCAGUAUGAAGAGGACGUGGAAGAAACUGAGCAAAAUCAGGACGAAGCCAAGCAUGCUGAGAAGUACGAACAGGAAAUCACCAAACUGAAGGAGCGCCUGCGAGUGUCCAGCCGGCGACUCGAGGAGUAUGAGCGCCGGUUGCUCGUGCAGGAGCAGCAGAUGCAGAAGCUGCUGCUGGAGUACAAGGCCCGGCUGGAGGACAGCGAGGAGCGGCUGCGCCGGCAGCAGGAGAAGGACAGCCAGAUGAAGAGCAUCAUCAGCAGACUAAUGGCCGUGGAAGAGGAACUGAAGAAGGAUCGUGCUGAGAUGCAGGCAGUUAUUGAUGCGAAGCAAAAAAUAAUCGACGCACAGGAAAAACGGAUCGUGUCGCUGGAUUCGGCCAACACCAGACUGAGGAGCGCGCUGACCCAGGUGAAGGAACGGUACAGCAUGCAGGAAAACAUGCAAAUUACCAAGAUCCAAAUGAAACAGUUCAUCCCACUGAUCAAGCGGGACUGGUUCUACAUGGACAGCUGA